CCGACCGCUCGUCAGUAGAGUGCCCGCACGCGGCCAGCAAUGACGUCCGAUCAGCGUGCUAGUGUCGCGUGGCGCGGACAGCCGCGCGGCUCGUGACGCCGACGGCGGCAUGUGAUGUUCCGGAGACGCGCCCUUCGGCGGCGGCUGGCAAAAGCCGGCGCGCCUUCCGUGCCCGACGACCAGCUCCGGCGCCUCGCCAGGGCCCUGGACAAGCGCGACGAAGGCACGGAGUGCGUUCCGGCCGGCCAUGUCGCCUCACAACUACGGCUCGCCGUCACCCGCGCUUACAGAUUCCCCGACGUCCGAGACCUGAGCGAACUCCGGAGGCUCCCUGGAUGCACGGAGCAGCAGUGUUGCAACCCUUACCACUGGAGUCGCCUCUGCAAGCCCGAUACCCCUCCCCCUCCCUACAGUCAGUACGCGAUGGAUGACGUCAAACCUAAAGAGCACGGUGUGAGUACGGAGGAUGCUAGAAGGACCGAUCACGAGCGGCUAGUCACUGGUUCCCUGGCUACUGAUGGUGAAGAGCGACCAAGUUGGGAAUCUGAAUGGUGUAGACUAGCGUAUUGGGAGCUGACACAGCGUGUGGGUCGCCAGUUCGGAGUCCGGGGCAGGGCUGUGGAUGUGUUUGGGGGCGGUGGGGGGUCCUGUGGCAGUGGACGCUACGGGAUGUGCCUGGACAAUCUCGAGGAAAGACGGGACGCGCCGCAAGUAGAACAGGUGCGGAAAACUCGAGCGAAAAUCGGCUUGGGUGUGACAAUUUCCCUCGAAUCCGACGGGGUCUGGCUUUACAACAGGAGCCAAGAACCCGUCUUCGUCAGCUCCCCGGCCCUGGACGCUGCAGCAGCCAAAGCCUUACUCGUGUGGAGGGUGGCACCAGGUCACUGCUUAUGUGUUUUUGACCCCGCCUGCCCUCCGCCGGUAAGGUCUCUUCCCCACAUAGGUCCAGUGGACCCUAGGUCCGUUCGGAUCUCGUUCGCUAAGGGCUGGGGCCCGAAGUACUCCAGAAGGGACGUGACAUCAUGCCCGUGUUGGUUGGAAGUGUUGCUAGCUCCUCCGAGCUGACGCCUUGACGUUAAGUGAAGUGUUGACAGAUAUUGCUUGUGAUUGAUGCAUAAAGAUUAUUGAAAAAUUACUUAAAUACAUUGAUUUGAAAUAGUUAGUUAACGAAUUUAAUUUUAUAUUGUUCAUUUGCUAAUGAUCGCUAUUAUUUUUGAAGAAACGGAUCCUGUGAUUUUUAGACUUUUGACAAUGUCCAAAAGAAAUGAACUGGGAAAAUGAAAAUCUUAAGUCAUUAUUUACUUACACUAUUAUCUUCAUACAAGGUCGCUUUUAUAAAUUUUAUCAUGUUAAGUAAUCAUCAGAUUAUAUGCGUUCUGAUAAAUGCAUUUGGAUCUUCUUUAUCUUAUGCAAUCAAUUGUAUGCAAUAUUUGUUCAAAAACAUAUAAACAUUAUAAAGACAGUGUAAAUAAAGUGGAAAAGGACCAAAGUGAAGUGAUGAGACAUUUUAAAAAAUAAACAAUGGUAUUUUUAUUUUAUUUUAUUAUUUUAAAUUAUUGGCGUUCGUAUCACCCUGCCGUAAAUUUAUGAAAUAUAAAAAUAUGCUAUUUUUAUAAUAUUAAUUAUCAUAUAAACAUGACACUCAAAUUAUGUUUAUUUGACAAAUUAAAACAUUCUUAUUUCGAAAAGAAAAUCCAUAUAAAAAACAUAAGGCGCGUCCAAUGCAUUCUGACAAGAUUUACGUAUACUGAUUAUUGGGGAAAUUAAAUUUUUAGAUUUUUUUUCAAACAAACUCUUAUUAUAGUUCACCAUUAUGUAAAUACCAAUGAGUGAUAUAACUGUUGGCCUUGUAAAAAUUUGCUGUGAUCAUCAUUUCGUUGGGCAGUACUCCUCUUUCUAACUGCAUUUUAAAAAGAUUCGUCCAUUAUUCUAUUUAUAAAUAAUACAGAUGUUAAACGCGCACUUUUGUUAACUUACCUUUAUUUUAUCUCGGGUGGACUAGUCGCUCGGUGACCACGGAUCAUCGUAACAUGAUUCGAAACGUCCGAGUUAAAAUAAAGGUACGUUACAUGCCUGAUUAAUACCUGUAUUGUUUAUAAAUAUUAAAAUGCAACGCGAAAGUAUAAAAUCAGUUAUUCGUCCAUUAAACUCAUCAUAUUUUUUAUCAUUCAUUAAUUUUUCAUUUUAAGUUCCUCGCCAAAAUUGGAUAAGCCAAUUCUGUAUCGAGAACGAAAUUUAAAGGAGGAGAGAUGUUCUGACCACGAAUUAGGCCUUACUCGUUAUAACUAUGACUAUACCAAGUAAAUGUGUAAUAUUGUAUAAAGUCAGCUGUAAGAAAACGCGAGACUGUAUAUACAUAACUUAUAAUAUGUACUAUUUGUAAUAAACUAUUUAUAAUUAAAUAUGCCUUACCCUAGUUUAUAUUUACUUAAGAUUAGCUUAUAUUUAAAUCGUUUUUGUACAAAAUUUGACACAUUUAGAGAUGUUAUCGUGAUGAAGGCUGUGUGUACGCAUUUGUAGCAGAGGGAUGUGUGUGAAUUUUCACGAUAGUCUUACCGCCAAGGGAGAAAUAUACACACACAGAUUUUCAGUUCUUUUGUUUGGUCGGUUAAGAGGGUACGGUCGAUAUUUCUGGUCCAUUAAUCAAUUACUUCAAAAUUUGUUGAUAAUAAUAAAAGUGACAAGACUUGAGUAUCUAUACGUUCUAAAACAUAAAUGAGAAAAUAUAUAUUUUUUUAUAUAUUGAAUGUAGUAAAUUGUGAUUGUAAUUAGUUGACUGACAUUUCAACUUCAUUUUCUGAUAACCAUUCAUUCUGACGAUAAAAAAAUUAAUUGGAAGAGCAGCUGAUCGCUGUAUUUUUCAGAAUUAUCAGACCUUACAUCGUUAACCGAAUCAGAAAUAAGGAAAUCUGUUAAAACAUCGAUCUUUUAGUUUUUACAAUGGAGAGAUCUGUCAAAAUUAAUGGUUUCCAUUAAUAGUGCAAUCAAUUUUAAACUAGAUAGGUGAUAACAUUUUUUAAACAUUGUGCCUUGCGUUAUAUUCUGAUGAUAUAAUCCAAAAUUUAUAUAGGGUAACACUGUCAAUUUCACAGGCAUACACAGAUAAGUGUAUGUAUUGAAUUAUAUACAAAUUUAUAUACUUAACCUCGAAUUUAAGGUAUAUUGCUUAGAGACAAAAUGAGUUGACUUGACAAUAAGGUAUAAC